AUGGAGGCUGCCGCUGCUUUGCGCUUCUCCGCGCCCCGCUCCCUUCUGUCCUUCAUGUUCGUCAGCGGCUUGGGCCUGCUCUCAGCCCCGUUUACUGUCGUGGGGCCAGCUGACCCUGUCCUGGCCAUGGUGGGAGAAGACACCAUGUUCCACUGCCACCUGUCCCCCGAGAAGGACGCAGAGCACAUGGAGGUGCGCUGGUUCCGUGCUCAGUUCUCCCCGGCAGUGCUCGUUUAUAAGGGUGGACAGGAGAGGACCGAGGAGCAGAUGGAGGAGUACCGGGGAAGAACCACCUUGGUGAGCGACCACAUCAACACGGGGAGUGUGGUGCUUGUCAUACACAAUGUCACAGCCCACGACAAUGGCAUCUACCACUGUUACUUCCAAGAAGGCAGAUCCUAUGACGAGGCCAUCCUGCGCCUGAUGGUGGCAGGCCUGGGCUCUAAGCCGCUCAUUGAAAUGAAGGGCCAGAAGGAUGGAGGCAUGCAGCUGGAGUGCACGUCCGGAGGGUGGUACCCGGAGCCCCAUGUGGUAUGGAGGGAUCCUCACGGCGCGAUCAUGCCGGUGCUGGAGGAGGCUUACACGGUGGACACAGAAGGCCUCUUCAUGGUCACCACGGCCGUGGUCAUCAGGGACUGCUCGGUGAGGAACAUGUCCUGCUCUGUGGUCAACACCCUGCUUGGCCAGGAGAAGGAAACCAUCAUUUUCAUCCCAGAAUCCUUUGCUCCCAGCAUGUUUCCCUGGGCAGCGGGCCUCGUUGUCCUCCUGCCUUCUCUGCUUCUCUUCAUCACCGGGAGCAUCUGUCUCAUCAGGAAACUCCACAGGGGAAAAGAGGUUGAAAAAGAAGAGAAAGAAAUUGCAUGUAAGGAACUGGAGACAGACCAGAUGGAAAAAGAGAAAGAAUGUCAAAUAAGAGAGCAACUUGAAGAAGAACUACGAUGGAGAAGAACCUUGCUACAUGCCGCCGAUGUGGUCCUGGAUCCGGACACCGCUCAUCCUGAGCUCUUCCUGACAGAGGACCGGAGAAGCGUGAGACGAGGCCCCUCCAGGCAGAGUGUCCCCAACAACCCGGAGAGAUUCGAUUGCCGGCCUUGCGUGCUGGGCCUGGAGAGCUUCUCCUCAGGGAGGCAUUACUGGGAGGUGGAGGUUGGAAACGUGAUGGUGUGGGCUGUGGGGGUUUGCAGAGGCAGUGUUGAGAGGAAAGGGGAGGCCCUACUGGUCCCCCAGAAUGGCUUCUGGACCCUGGAGAUGUUUGGAAACCAGUACCGGGCCCUUUCUUCCCCCGAGAAGAUUCUCCCCCUGAAAGAGCGUCUUCGCCGGGUGGGCAUCUUUCUGGACUAUGAAGCCGGAGAUAUCUCCUUCUAUAACAUGAGGGACAGAUCACACAUCUACACAUGUCCCCGUUCACCCUUUUCUGGGCCCCUAAGGCCCUUCUUCAGGCUGGGGUCUGAUGACAGCCCCCUCUUCAUCUGCCCAGCCUUCACGGGGGCACGGGGGCUCCUGGUGCCAGAGGGCGGCUUGAUUCUCCACAGGAUGGGGACCCAUCGCCGCAGCCACCGUAAAGAGUUUCCUGGCCUCAGAGCCAAGUAG